AGGGCGUGGGUGGCCCGGAAGCAGAAUGAGAGGAUGGCCGGCCUGCCGCACAUCCCGGGCCCCGAAAACCUGCGCCCCUUCACGCCGGCCUCGCUGGCCGCCAUCGAGCAGCGCAUGGCCGAGGCCGAGGCGCUCCGGGUAAAGCGGCAGCACGUGGAGAUGCCCGAGGAAGAGGAGGUCAAGCCCAGCAGCGACCUGGAAGCCGGCAAGAACCUGCCCCUAAUCUAUGGUGACCCACCCCUGGAGCUGAUCGGGACCCCCCUGGAGGACCUGGACCCUUUCUAUAAGGACAAGAAGACGUUCAUAGUCCUCAACAAGGGCAAGUCCAUCUUCCGCUUCUCGGCCACCCCUGCCCUCUACCUGCUGGGGCCCUUCCACCCCAUCCGCAGAGGAGCCAUCAAAGUCCUCAUCCAUUCAUUAUUCAGCAUGUUCAUCAUGAUCACAAUUUUAACCAACUGUGUGUUUAUGACGCUGAGCAACCCCCCGGCGUGGUCCAAGAAUGUGGAAUAUGCCUUCACUGGCAUCUACACCUUCGAGUCUCUCAUCAAGAUCCUGUCGAGAGGCUUCUGCAUCGACGACUUCACAUUCCUGCGUGACCCCUGGAACUGGCUGGACUUCAUGGUCAUCUCCAUGGCCUACAUCACCGAGUUCGUGGACCUGGGGAACAUCUCUGCCCUCAGGACCUUCCGUGUCCUCCGUGCCUUGAAAACCAUCACGGUGAUACCAGGGCUGAAGACCAUCGUGGGGGCUCUGAUCCAGUCGGUGAAGAAGCUCUCAGAUGUGAUGAUCCUCACGGUUUUCUGCCUGAGCGUCUUCGCCCUCAUCGGCCUCCAGCUCUUCAUGGGCAACCUCCGGCAGAAAUGUGUGCGCUGGCCUCCCCCCAACAGCACCUUCCUGGAGGAUUUGGGGCAGGACAACGACACCUUGGUCAACUCAACCUUCUAUGAGUUCAUGGAUGACUUCACAGGGAACUUCACCGGGAAUUUCACUGGGAACUUCACCAGCAACAGCACCUUUGACUUCGAGGCCUACAUCAGUGAUGAAGCCAAUUACUACUUCCUGGAGGGAGCCUUGGAUGCCCUGCUCUGUGGGAACAGCAGUGAUGCUGGGAAGUGCCCUGAGGGCUACGAGUGCAUGAAGGCCGGGAGGAACCCCAACUAUGGCUACACCAGCUACGACACCUUCAGCUGGGCCUUCCUGGCCCUCUUCCGCCUCAUGACCCAGGACUUCUGGGAGAACCUCUUCCAGCUGACCCUGCGGGCAGCAGGGAAAACCUACAUGAUCUUCUUCGUGGUGGUGAUCUUCCUGGGCUCCUUCUACCUCAUCAACCUCAUCCUGGCCGUGGUGGCCAUGGCCUACGCUGAGCAGAAUGAUGCCACCAUGCUGGAGGAGCAGCAGAAGGAGGAGGAAUUCCAGCAGCUCAUGGAGCAGCUGAAGAAGCAGCAAGAGGAGCAGGAAAGGCUGUUGCAGGAGCGAGCAUCCAGCAGCGAUUCCCUGCCCAGCAGCGUGGCCGGGAAGGGACAAGACUCGGACAUCAACAGUGACCAGGACAAGGCCAAGGACUGCAACGGGCAGGUGGUGCCCAAGAUCACCCUGCAGAGAUCCAACACCGUGAUUGAUUUCAAUCCCACCUAUGAGCCAGAGAAGCCAGACGUCAACCACCUCACUGUGGGCAACCAAGACGGGCCAGGGCUGGAGAAGAGGGUGGGAAGUGCCAUCAGUGUCAUCUCCAACGCUGUGGAAGAGCUGGAAGAAGCUCACCAAAAAUGCCCACCCUGGUGGUACAAAUUCGCCCACACAUUCCUGGUCUGGAAUUGCUGCCGUCCGUGGGUGAUGCUGAAGGAGUUUGUCAAGCUGGUGGUGAUGGACCCCUUCGUGGACCUGGGCAUCACCAUCUGCAUCGUGCUCAACACUCUCUUCAUGGCCAUGGAGCACUACCCCAUGACGGAGGAGUUCGAGAACGUGCUGAGCGUGGGGAACCUGGUCUUCACAGGGAUCUUCACGGCAGAGAUGGUCCUGAAGCUCAUUGCUCUGGAUCCCUACGAGUAUUUCCAGCAGGGCUGGAACAUCUUCGACAGCUUCAUCGUCACUCUGAGCCUGGUAGAGCUGGGCUUGGCCAACGUGCAGGGGCUCUCUGUGCUCCGCUCCUUCCGUCUGCUGAGGGUUUUCAAGCUGGCCAAGUCCUGGCCCACCCUAAACAUGCUCAUCAAGAUCAUCGGCAACUCCGUGGGAGCCCUGGGCAACCUCACGCUGGUUCUGGCCAUCAUCGUCUUCAUCUUCGCCGUGGUGGGGAUGCAGCUCUUCGGCAAGAGCUACAUGGAGUGCGUGUGCAAGAUCUCCUUGGACUGCACCCUGCCCCGCUGGCACAUGCACGACUUCUUCCACUCCUUCCUCAUCGUCUUCCGCAUCCUCUGCGGGGAGUGGAUCGAGACCAUGUGGGACUGCAUGGAGGUGGCCGGCCAGACCAUGUGCCUCAUCGUCUUCAUGAUGGUCAUGGUCAUCGGGAACCUCGUGGUGCUAAACCUGUUCCUGGCUCUGCUGCUGAGCUCCUUCAGUGCUGACAGCCUGGCGGCAUCGGACGACGAUGGGGAGAUGAACAACCUGCAGAUCGCCAUCGGCCGCAUCAGCCGCGGCAUCGCCUUCGCCAAGGCCACGCUCCUGGCGCUGCUCCGCCGCCUCUGCAAGGGCAAGAAGGUGGCACCAGAGGAGGAGCAGGACCCCAGUAAAAGGGACAACUCUGUGCUCAACCACAUGGACACGGCUCUGGAGCCCAAGUCAGGGUACCUGGAUGGCAUUACGGACAAGGAGCACAUUUUCAUGGAUGAGCUGGACCACAUGAAUUUCAUCAACAACCCCAACCUGACGGUGCAGGUCCCCAUCGCCUCCGAGGAAUCCGACCUCUACGAGGAGACCAGCACCCAGUCUGACACCGAGGACACCACCAAGAACCCCCUGUCCAGUGACAACGCCUCGUCCGUGUGCAGCACAGCGGAUUACAAACCCCCCGCGCCCGAGGAGGAGGAGAUGGCAGAAGUGGCUGAGGAGAGCAACGAGCCCGAGGAGUGUUUCACUGAAGGCUGUGUGAAGAGGUUCCCCUGCCUCUACGUGGACAUCAACAGUGAGAAGGGGAGGAUUUGGUGGAACCUCAGGAAAACCUGCUUCCGCAUCGUGGAGCAUGACUGGUUCGAGACCUUCAUCGUCUUCAUGAUCCUCCUCAGCAGUGGGGCGCUGGCUUUCGAGGACAUCUACAUCGAGCAGCGCAAGGUGAUCCGCACUAUCCUGGAAUACGCAGACAAGGUCUUCUCCUACAUCUUUGUCAUCGAGAUGCUGCUCAAGUGGGUGGCCUAUGGCUUCAAGGUGUACUUCACCAAUGCCUGGUGCUGGCUGGAUUUCCUCAUCGUGGAUGUGUCCCUGGUCAGCCUGACAGCAAACUGGCUGGGAUACUCCGAGCUGGGAGCCAUCAAAUCCCUGCGGACACUGAGGGCUCUGCGACCUCUGCGUGCUCUGUCCCGGUUUGAGGGCAUGAGGGUGGUGGUGAAUGCCCUGGUGGGUGCCAUCCCCUCCAUCAUGAACGUCCUGCUGGUCUGCCUCAUCUUCUGGCUGAUAUUCAGCAUCAUGGGGGUGAACCUGUUUGCAGGGAAGUACUACAGGUGUGUCAACACCACCACAGGUGAGCUCUUCGACAUCAGCGUGGUCAACAACAAGAGCGACUGCAUGGCCCUGCUCUACACCAAUGAGGUCAGAUGGGUCAAUGUCAAGGUCAACUUCGACAACGUGGGCUUGGGUUACCUGUCCCUGCUGCAGGUGGCAACCUUCAAAGGCUGGAUGGACAUCAUGUAUGCAGCCGUGGACUCACGUGAGAUUGAAGAGCAGCCACAGUACGAGAUCAACCUCUACAUGUACAUCUACUUUGUCAUCUUCAUCAUCUUCGGUGCCUUCUUCACUCUGAACCUCUUUAUUGGUGUCAUCAUUGACAACUUUAACCAGCAGAAGAAAAAGUUUGGAGGCAAAGAUAUCUUCAUGACAGAAGAGCAGAAGAAAUACUACAAUGCCAUGAAGAAGCUGGGCUCCAAGAAACCCCAGAAGCCCAUCCCUAGGCCAGCGAACAAAUUCCAAGGGAAGGUGUUUGACUUUGUUACCAAGCAAGUGUUUGACAUCACCAUCAUGAUCCUGAUUUGCCUGAACAUGGUGACCAUGAUGGUGGAAACAGAUGACCAGAGCGAGCUCAAAACCUCUGUCCUCUACAAGAUAAACCUGGUCUUCAUCGUCAUCUUCACUGGGGAGUGCGUGCUCAAGAUGUUCGCCCUGCGUCAGUACUUCUUCACUGUGGGCUGGAACAUCUUCGACUUUGUGGUGGUCAUCCUCUCCAUCCUAGGUAUCGUCCUCUCAGACAUCAUUGAGAAGUAUUUUGUAUCCCCCACCCUCUUCAGGGUGAUCCGGCUGGCGAGGAUUGGCCGUGUGCUCCGGCUGAUCCGAGGAGCCAAAGGCAUCCGGACGCUCCUCUUUGCCCUGAUGAUGUCCCUGCCUGCCUUGUUCAACAUCGGCCUCCUGCUCUUCCUCGUCAUGUUCAUCUACUCCAUCUUUGGGAUGUCCAAUUUUGCCUAUGUCAAGAAGGAGUCGGGGAUCGAUGACAUCUUCAACUUUGAAACUUUUGGGAACAGCAUCAUCUGCCUCUUCCAGAUCACCACAUCAGCGGGCUGGGAUGGGCUCCUCAACCCCAUCCUCAACAGCGGCCCCCCAGACUGUGACCCCGAGCUGGAGAACCCAGGGAGUUCAGUGAAAGGAGAUUGUGGGAACCCUGCCAUUGGCAUCUUCUUCUUCUGCAGCUACAUCAUCAUCUCCUUCCUCAUCGUGGUGAACAUGUACAUCGCCAUCAUCCUGGAGAACUUCAGCGUGGCCACAGAGGAGAGCAGUGAGCCCCUCUGCGAAGAUGAUUUUGAAAUGUUUUAUGAAACUUGGGAGAAGUUUGACCCAGAUGCCACUCAAUUCAUUGCCUACAGCACAUUGUCGGACUUUGUGGACACCUUGCAGGAGCCACUCAGAGUUCCCAAACCCAACAAGAUCAAACUCAUCACCAUGGAUCUACCAAUGGUUGCUGGGGACAAAAUCCACUGCCUAGACAUCCUCUUUGCCCUGACUAAAGAAGUGCUGGGAGACUCGGGAGAGAUGGAUGCCCUGAAGGCCACCAUGGAGGAGAAGUUCAUGGCUGCCAACCCCUCAAAAGUUUCCUAUGAACCCAUCACCACCACCCUGAAGAGGAAGCACGAGGAGGUUUGUGCUACCAAGAUCCAGAGGGCUUUCCGGCGGUACCUGCUGAGGCGCUCGGUGAAGCAGGCGUCCUACAUGUACAGGCACAGCCAGGAUGCCUUGGGCGAGGAUGCGCCUGAGAAGGAAGGGCUGAUCGCCACCAAAAUGCAGGAGAUCUAUGGGAACACUGGGACAGAUGUGGAGACAGCCCCUGCCUUGGGCCUCGAGCCCAUUCCCAGCUCAGAGAUGCCCCCGGAUGCUCCUGAGGAAGCACAGGCUUGGGAUAAGGAACGCGUGGUCAAAGAGUCGCUGGUGUAA